AGCCAGCAGUUGGGUCCUGGAAAAUGCUCCUGGCUGGGGUGUUGGGACACCUGGGUUUGAUUCCUAGCAGUGUCAUUGCACAACUGUGGGCCAGCGCCUGCCUAGGUUUCAGUUUUCUAUCAGCCAAAUGGAAAGUAUGAUCGCAACAAUGCUCUCUCCCAAGGCCUUCAGGAAGAAUCAAUCAGAGGUUGGAGAGGAGGCCACUGUGCUGGCCUUUGGGAAUGCCUUGGGUUCAGGGGUCUCCUUGGAAGCAGGUCAAAGUGAAGUGCAUGGAGUUGGUCUGGGAAAUCUGCCUUCUGAAAGCAGCUUGUGAUUUCAGUUGCCUAAAUUAACUUGUCAAACCUGCCGAAGCACCUUGGCUAGCUCGCUGGCUGGCUGGCUGGCUGAGUGAAAUGGGGCUGAGCCCUGGCCUUCCCUGACUCCAGGGAGCACAAAGCCUACGGGAUCUCCUGCUUCUGGGACCAGGGGCCAACCAGGCCUUCAUAGAUUCCUUGGCAGGCUCAGACCUGGCUCUAUCUUCUCCCUUCAGGAACAGAGAAGCUUCUCUUUCUGCUUAGGGUGGGGACCAGCCUCUGAGCAAGGGCCCCUGUCGCUUUAAGAAAGAAAGAAAAAAAUCAGGAAGUACUGGAGAAGGAGAGCCAAGGUUCUGAGCUGAGCUGGGCUGGGUGCUAGGGCAGGGUUGGGGAGAAGAACGUCUCCAGCUCCUGACUCCUCCACUGUAAUCUGCCUGGCCUGGCCUGGCCUGGCCUGGCCCGGUCCCACCCACUGGUGCAGGGGCCUCAGGUACGUUUUAGCUUCUGGGCUUCCCUAGGACGGAAGGAACAUCCUACAGGCUUGCUGAGAACUACCAGGUGUCAGGGCGGCGCUGAGUGUGUCGGGAAGGGGGCCUGGCUGUUGCAGACAUCAGAAAUGCAAAGUACAGCCAAUUACCUUUGGCACACGGAUGAUCUCCUGGGCCAGGGGGCCACUGCCAGCGUGUACAGAGCUCGAAACAAGAAAUCUGGGGAACUCGUUGCUGUGAAAGUCUUCAACAAUGCCAGCUAUCUACGCCCCCGAGAAGUGCGGGAGAGGGAGUUUGAGGUCCUGAGGAAGCUGAAACAUCAAAACAUAGUCAAGCUGUUUGCUGUGGAGGAGAUGGGCACUGAUAAGGACAAGGUGCUAGUGAUGGAAUACUGUUCCAGCGGUAGUCUGCUCAGUGUGCUGGAGAACCCUGAGAACGCCUUUGGACUAGCAGAGGCUGAGUUUCUAGUGGUCCUGCGCUGUGUGGUGGCUGGCAUGAACCACCUCCGAGAGAAUGGCAUCGUCCACAGGGACAUCAAGCCUGGCAACAUCAUGAGGCUUUUGGGAGACGACGGGCAGAGCAUCUAUAAGCUGACAGAUUUUGGGGCUGCCAGGGAGCUGGAAGAUGAUGAAAAGUUUGUCUCUGUCUAUGGGACAGAAGAAUACCUGCACCCGGAUGUCUAUGAGCGGGCAGUGCUCCGGAAGCCUCAGCAGAAGGCAUUUGGGGUGACAGUAGAUCUGUGGAGCAUUGGGGUGACCCUGUACCACGCAGCCACGGGCAGCCUCCCCUUUGUCCCCUUUGGUGGGCCUCGACGCAACAAGGAGAUCAUGUUCAGGAUCACCACAGAGAAACCAACUGGGGCCAUUGCAGGCACCCAAAAACGAGAAAACGGGCCCCUGGAGUGGAGUUACAAGCUGCCCGUCACCUGCAGGCUGUCCCUGGGGCUGCAGGCCCAGCUGGUGCCAAUCCUGGCCAACAUCCUGGAGGUGGAUCAAGAGAAGUGUUGGGGUUUUGACCAGUUCUUUGCUGAGACCAGUGACAUCCUUCAGCGGAUUGUGGUCCAUGUAUUUUCUCUGUCUCGGGCUGUCCUGCACCAUGUCUACAUUCAUGCCCACAACACGAUAGGCAUCUUCUUGGAGGGCGUGUAUAAGCAGACCAGUGUGGAGUCCAGCCAUCAGGAAUACUUCUUUCAAGGCCACCCUUGCUUCCUGGAGCCCAGCCUCCCAGCCCAACAUCUGGCUCAUACAACUGAGGAUAGCCCUUUGACCCUGCUCAGUGAAGAUAGUGAAAACCCCACGGGGCUGGUCUUCAGAGACCCAUCCCUGGAUGUUCCCAAGUUUGUGCCCAAGGUGGACCUGCAGGCUGAUUACAACACAGCCAAGGGUGUGCUGAGCGUGGGCCACCAAGUGCUGAGGAUCUCCCGGGCACUGCUGGACGGUCAGGAAAUGAUGCUUCGGGGGCUGCAUUGGGUGGUGGAGGAGCUCAAGGCCACGUGUGGGCGGACCUUGGAGACCACCCAGACUGCCCUCUUGUUCCUGAGCCCCAAUCUGGGCACUGAAGGGAUUGCCUCCGUGACUGGGGAGUCAGAGGUGCCAGAGCUGAAGGAGGCAGCAGAGCUGAGGUCCAAGCUACAGACUAUUAACGAGAUCUUUUCCAGAUGUUCCCAAAAUAUUAUGGAGACCCAAACUAGUCUAAGCAGCCUGUCCUCUGAGCUGGUGAAGAACUGGGAUCAGGUACAUGAAGACAGAAGUACCCAUCAGAUUCAAUGCUGCCUGGACAAGAUGAAUGUUAUCUACAAGCAAUUCAAGAAAGCCAGGAUGAGGCCAGGGUUGGGCUACAAUGAGGAACAAAUCCACAAGCUGGAUAAGGUGAACUUUGGACAUCUGGCUAAAAGACUCCUGCUGGUUUUUCAGGAGGACUGUGUGCAGAAGUAUCAGACAGCGCUCCUCAUACAUGGCAAGAGGAUGAGGACGGUGCAUGAGACAAGAAAACAUCUCCGACUGGUCGGCAGCUCAGUAAACGCGUGUAAAAUGGAAGCCCGAGAAGCCCAGGGGCAGCUCAAUAAGGCCCUGGACCGAUUAUCUCGUCGGCUUUGGCAGGGCAGAAUGAAAGCGGCUCAGAGUUCUCCCCCUCCUUUUGCUGCUUAUUCCAGACUCCUACCAAAAGACCUGGUUCUCCACAUUCAAGAGCUCCGAGAGGAGAUGAAGUUACUGGCCUUUGAUCUCCAACAUAAUAAUCGAAUCAUUGAGAGGUUAAGUGGGGUCCCAUCUGCCUCUGGGUCUUUGAGAGCUGAGAGUGAGGUAGUGGAAUCCUGAACCUUAAGGGGCCCUGGGCUCAUCAGCACUGUAGGGCAAGGUCUGGCCCCAUCUUUUACCUCAUCCUACUUCCCCUCAGGCCAGCAGGCACCAGCAUUAACUCUCACUAGUCUUGGCCAUGAGUUUGUUACACUAUGAACCUACAGCACCCAGGAGUUCAUCUCUUCACGGAGCUGUGAGGCACGCCCGAUUUCUGCGCACCAACACUGACCUCUGUGUGUUAUCAAGAUUUGGUCCUUGCAUAGCUCUGUCUUGCACUCUUCAGCUGGUACCAGGGACUGGGAAACUGGGGAGACAAGGUUGAGACAAAUCCUCCCCAUCCCCUCCAGGUUCAGAGGUUUGCCCUCCAGGGAAGAGGGCAAGAGGUUUUCUGUGGAUGCUGAGCUAAGCUUUGGUCUUCCUUCCCUGAAUGUAUCUGGUGAUAGACAACACAUCACUCUACUCUGUCCUAUUUCUCCUUGAGCCCCCUGGCUUCUGGUGAGAAGAAAAAUCCAAGCCUCCUGGCUAUUCUUCAGCCUAAUUCCAGGUCCGUACAAUCAGGCUGAAGAAGGAAACAUCAUCGUCCCAAAAGAGUGAGGACUGAAUUCCUGGGCUAUCCCACACACACCUCUCUGGAAGGCUUCAGAAGGGCCUGGAAAACACUGCCUUGCCAGCUAGCUGGAGCCCACAUGCCCCGAGUCUGAAGGCAAUGGAGAAGUGGUCCUGAAGGACCGCCGGAAAGGGACCUCAAUCCCACUGAAUAAACAUGGCUUCACUUUUCUGUU